AUGUUGAUUUUUUUUCAUACCAUUUCUUCACAGUUUUUCUUUCUUUUUAAGUAUAUCUGUUUGCAUCUAUCUAUCUAUCUAUCUAUCUAUGAAGCUAAAUAUCUAUCUAUCUCAGUCUAUUUCUUAUCUAUCUAUCUAUCUAUCAAGCUAAAUAUCUAUCUAUCUCAGUUUGUUUCUUAUCUAUCUAUCUAUCUAUCUAUGAAGCUAAAUAUCUAUCUCAUCUGUUUCUUAUCUAUCUAUCUAUCUAUCUAUGAAGCUAAAUAUCUAUCUCAGUCUGUUUCUUAUCUAUCUAUCUAUCUAUCUAUGAAGCUAAAUAUCUAUCUCAUCUGUUUCUUAUCUAUCUAUCUAUCUAUGAAGCUAAAUAUCUAUCUCAGUCUGUUUCUUAUCUAUCUAUCUAUCUAUGAAGCUAAAUAUCUAUCUCAGUCUGUUUCUUAUCUAUCUAUCUAUCUAUCUAUGAAGUAUCUAAAUAUCUAUCUCAUCUGUUUCUUAUCUAUCAUCUAUCUAUCUAUGAAGCUCAAUAAAUAUCUAUCUCAGUCUGUUUAUUAUCUAUCUAUUAUAUCUAUCUAUGAAGCUAAAUAUCUAUCUCAGUUUGUUUCUUAUCUAUCUAUCUAUCUAUCUAUGAAGCUAAAUAUCUAUCUCAGUCUGUUUUUUAUCUAUCUAUCUAUCUAUCUAUCUAUGUCUGUUUCUUAUCUAAAUAUCUAUCUCACUAAAUAUCUAUCUCAGUCUGUUUCUUAUCUAUCUAUCUAUCUAUCUAUGAAGCUAAAUAUCUAUCUCAGUCUGUUUCUUAUCUAUCUAUCUAUCUAUCUGCGUCUGUUCUUAUCUAUGUAUCUAUCUACUAUGUUAUCCAUCCAUUCAUCUAUCUAUCUAUCUAUGAAGCUAAAUAUCGAACUAGCUAUUUAUGUUAAUCUAUCUAUCUAUCUAUCUAUCUAUCUUAGUCUGUUCCUAUCAAUCUAUCUAUCUACCGCAUUUCUCCUCUCUACCUACCUACCUACCUCCACACUUACCUAUCUAUCUAUCUAUCUAUCUAUCUAUCUAUCUGCUUAUCCAUCAUUCCACGAAAGAUACGAUGAUAAUCUAUCCAUCUAUUUUAAACAAGUUGCGGUCUCGUAA